CACAAACACACAGAAAUCACAAAUGCAUGUUGAUGAAUCCACAUGUAUGCAUGAUUGCUCAACUAAUCCUAUUCAAUACUGGAAUUUAUGAAGCUCCCUCUCCCUCCUAAAAUUAGGGAGAAGGAGAAUUAAUAUUAUUAUUUCAUUAAAUUGAAAUACUGUACCUGAUGGAGAUAUCAACGGCCAUGAUCAUUUCCGCCUUCAUCGCAGCAUACUUCGUGUGGUUCAGAUCAAUCUGCCGGUCUAUGACCGGUCCGCGUCUCUGGCCGGUCCUGGGAAGCCUCCCCGGUCUAAUCCAGAACAGCCACCGCAUGCACGACUGGAUCGCCGACAACCUCCGCGCCUGCGGCGGCACAUACCAAACCUGCAUUUUCGCCGUGCCGUUCCUCGCCCGGCGGCAGGGGCUCGUGACUGUCACGUGCGAUCCAAAGAAUUUAGAGCAUAUUUUGAAAAUUAGGUUCGAGAAUUACCCCAAGGGUCCGACGUGGCAAGCCGUGUUCCACGAUUUGCUCGGUCAAGGCAUCUUCAACUCAGAUGGCGACACGUGGCUGUUCCAGCGUAAGACCGCCGCACUGGAAUUCACCACCCGGACGCUUAAACAAGCCAUGGCUCGCUGGGUCAGCCGCGCCAUUGAGAACCGGCUCUGCCCGAUUCUCCAAACGGCUCAGACCGGAAACAAACCGGUCGACCUUCAGGACCUCCUGCUCCGGCUCACCUUCGACAACAUCUGCGGCUUGGCCUUCGGAAAAGACCCUCAGACACUCUCCCACGGCUUGCCCGAAAACGGCUUCGCGUCGGCUUUCGACCGAGCCACGGAAGCCAGCUUGAACCGGUUCAUUCUGCCCGAGUUCGUGUGGAAGUUAAAGAAAUGGCUCCGGCUCGGGAUGGAAGUAAGCUUGAGCCGGAGCUUGGAACACGUGGACAAAUACAUGACCAAUGUGAUCGAGACACGUAAGCAUGAGCUGGAAGAAGGUGGGGCCCAUCAGGAUGAUUUGCUGUCAAGGUUUAUGAAGAAGAAAGAAAUCUACACCGAUAGAUUUCUCCAGGAGGUGGCGCUGAAUUUCAUCCUAGCCGGUCGUGACACGUCAUCAGUGGCGCUGAGCUGGUUUUUUUGGCUCCUAAUUCAAAACCCUAGAAUUGAGGAGAAGGUUCUAGAAGAGAUAUGUACCGUAUUAACGGAGACUCGCGGCGGCGCCGGCGACGGAGAUGUAGCUCCGGCGAGGUGGUUCGCGGCGCCAUUAGAGUUCGAGGAGGUCGAUCGGCUGGUGUAUUUGAAGGCGGCGCUGUCGGAGACGCUCAGGUUGUAUCCUUCCGUGCCGGAGGACUCGAAGCACGUCGUCGCCGACGAUGUGUUGCCGGACGGAACGUUUGUUCCGGCGGGAUCGAAUAUAACGUACUCGAUCUACUCGUCGGGGAGGAUGAAGUUUAUCUGGGGGGAGGACUGCCAGGAGUUCCGGCCGGAGCGGUGGUUGUCGGAGGAUGGACGGAGGUUCGAGGCGAAGGAUCAGUUUAGGUUCGUGGCGUUCAACGCGGGGCCGAGGAUAUGCUUGGGGAAGGAUCUGGCGUACCUGCAGAUGAAAUCGAUAGCGGCGGCGGUGCUGCUCCGGCACCGGCUGGCGGUGGCGGAAGGCCACAGGGUGAAGCAGAAGAUGUCGCUGACGCUGUUCAUGAAGGAGGGGCUGAAGGUGAAUGUGGAAGCUAGGGAUUUGGGGCCAAUUUUGGGGAAAAUUCGGCGCUAGGGUUUUCAAUUUGUGAAUAGGAAUUAAUAUGAUAAUUAUAAUAAAUCAUAAUUAAUAUGCUAUGCGAAAAAUGAUGCAUAAUGAUAAUGAUAAUGAGCAUUAUUUA